AUGGGAAUCGAAGCAGAGCCACUCUUGGAGGAUCACGAGCAGUCUGCGGGAUUGGAGGAUGUUCGCCUCUCACGGCGAAGCCCUCGGUGGCCGUGGUUGACUUCGGUGUUGACACAUACCCUAGCGGUCGUCUUGGUCAUCAUUGUCAUCAACUUGAUCCCGCUCACUCGCACCGUUUUGCUCUUCACUGAGUCCCCUCAACCGAAGCUGUAUUCAUUGAGCCCAGCUCCUCUCACUCCGGCCAUUGAGUACAUCAUUGAUACACCACCGUGGAACUACUGGAGCAACCAUCUCUACUUCGGGGAGCCUAGCGAUGACUCGGAGCGCGCAUGGAACCGUCUAAUUCAUCCACAUGGUUUGCAAGUAUUCCCUGACGAAGUUAAACAUCUGGAUGGGUCACGUACCGUGGUAAUGAAGAAUGGAAAUAGCCUGUAUAUGCUGGGUGUAUAUCACAAUCUGCAUUGUCUGCGACGGAUCCGUCAGACUCUCCAGGCAGAUCAUUACUAUCCCAACAUGACGGCAGAGCAGAGAAAAAAUGAUCUGGAACAUACCACCCACUGCCUCGAAGCUAUGCGCACCUCGAUGAUGUGCCAUCCUGACCUCACCACCAACCGGUUCUACUGGUCACACAGACCGUGGCACGACCUCAGCGUCCGCCCGGACGUUACCCGGGAGUGCGUAAAUUGGGAUCGGCUGGAGGCCUUCAUGCGAAAGCGAAGGUAUGAUCCAGGAGACAUCCUCAAGGGACACGGGGAGGAUCUUUCGGACGAUUAUAAGGACGACUAUAAGGAUGAUUACAAGGAUGAGCACGCCUACCACGACUAG